UUCAAUUAUUUUCAGUUUAUGAAUUCAUUUUGUUAUAAUUUCUAGCUAUUAACGCAACUUCAUAUUAUUUCAGCCUCCAAUUAUAUACACGCUGUAUCGCUACCCGUUGUACACCAUAGUUUUCGAAUUGAUGGCUUCUGUUUACUUUAAUCCAAACAUUUAAGUGCAUCUUGAAUGAAAUGUAUUUCAAAAAGCCGCCGAAAAAUAUGUUUAGAAACUUUGAUAUUUGAUGCAUCAUUAAUUGAAAGUGUGAUCGGUGUUUUCCUGCAUUUAAUAACUUCUUUUCGGAUGAAGCUGGAAUAUGGUUGCUCGUAUUUUAUUGCUUUAAAGUGGACCUAAAUUAUCUGGGUUAUGUCACUAGUUGACUUGGGUAAAAGACUCUUGGAGUCUGCCAAGAAUGGAGAAACUGAAGAAGUUAGGCUAUUAAUGACAAAUGGUGCUCCUUUCACUACAGACUGGCUGGGCACAUCUCCCUUACAUAUGGCAGCUCAGUUUGGACAUGUAGAAACAGCUGAAGUUCUUUUAAGAGCCGGCAUCAGUCGAGAUGCCCGUACCAAAGUUGACCGGACACCUCUGCACAUUGCUGCGCAAGAAGGGCACCUUGAUAUUGUUAUGCUCCUUAUAAGUCAUGGAGCCGAAGUUGAUGCCAAAGACAUGCUUAAAAUGACGCCCUUGCAUUGGGCAGUUGAACGUGGCCAUUAUGAAGUUGUAAAGACGUUGCUUGGUAAUGCAGCCGAUGUCAAUGCAUUGAGUAAAUUUGAAAAAACUCCUCUUGACAUAGCUGAUGACAAUGAUGACAAAGAAUUACUAGAACUUUUAACUCAACAUGCAGCUAACUCUGGUUCAGUGAAAGUGGUCCCUCAAACGAAAACAAAAGUUAUUUCAAUUGAUCCAGCUACUUUGAACUCUCCUGUACAAACUAUAAAAACAAAUGUGCCUGUUUUGAUAAAAUCAGAAAUGCUAUCUACCUCAGAACUCAAAAAUGCCAUAAACAAAACUGUUUCCUCCUCUGUCCAUUCCAUUCCUCAAAUAACAUCAGUAGCUACUACUUCAGCCAUCGGCAGUACCAUUCCCAGUUUACCAAAAACUGCUGCGAUACCUAAACCUGUGUUUCUUCGGGGAAAUUUGGCAAGCAUUCAGAAAGCAGCUACUGCAAACACAAGUGCAAAAGUGGUUUUGUCAAGUGAUUCUGAAGAAGGUGAAUCUAGUGAACAAAGCUGUACAAAUGUGCUUGCAACUUUAGCUGCUUUAGCAGAGGCUACAGCUCCAAAUGCAACAAUAUCAACAUCUGAAGCAUUACAGUGGUUAGAAAUGAAUGGUAUUACUAUGUUACCUACAGAUAAUAGCACUGUUGUUGCUUCAGCUUUAGAAGGAGGUCAAACAGUGUCUUUAACAGAAGCUGGUAAGCUUGCCUUAACCUGGGUGAAAGAGCAUGGACAUUUAAAUAAUAAUUCUAUAGACGUUUCAUCAACACUUUCUGAAGUAUCUGAAAAUGUUGUUACAACCACCUUACCAUCUUCAACUACCCAGAAAGUCAUUACCAUUGUGACAGACCAGACACGGAUACCGUCCAUCAUAUCAUCUCCUCAAACUCCUAUUGUUGUCCUCAGUACGCCUGUUGCAAACAGUGCUGUGGAUUCCAACUCUUCUGUUAAAAAAUUGAAGCUUAGUCCAAAAGAUGAUGUAAAGUUUGUAAUCAAUGGCAAUACUGUUAAUGCAGAUUCAUCUGUUGACGAUGAAAGACUGAAACUGAAAAAAGAGCUUGAGAAAGCAAAAAGACAAGCUGAGCUUUAUAAAGCACAAUUCCUGCAGAAAGAGCAUGAAGCAGAGCAAUACAAGAGAGAAUUAGAGCAAAUGAGGACUUGUCCAAGGGUGAACCAAUAACAUUGGUUGUGGGGAAAAUUUCUUUCGCUUGCGUCUUGUAUAUUAUAAGUGUUAUCACUUUUGUAAAUAUUGUACUAACAUUAUUCGCUCCUUUCAUCGAGUUUGUGCAAUCAUUUUUAC